ACAACUCAAGCAGAAAUUGCUGGAAACAUCUGGUUCUAUUCAAUACAAAGGCAAAAGGGGACAGAAUUACAAGGGAAAAAAAAGAAAUUGUGAUGCCAUGAACUGUGGAGACACCGACAUGAUGGAGGCGGAGGCCGCAGCUCCGCCUCGGGCGGUGGGGUCGGGUUCUGACCCUAACGAUGUCAGGAAUUUGCUGUUAAUGGCUCGCCAACUGGUUGAUCAAGGGAAGCCUUCCCAGGCUCUCCAAGCGUUGAGAGCAAAAGAUGAUACACGCUGUGAUGUGAAUUUGCAGAUGCAGGACCUUUUGUUACUUGAGGUGGUGAUGGCAAUGAAAUUACAAGGCGGAGACGAAGCUGUAUCUCAAGCACUAAGUCGUGCUCGCGAACUGUACAUAAACAAACUUCAAGCUAGUGCUGCCGCUGACCAGUUGGCUUCACUCUUUGCUGAAUGUGCAAUUGCUGAGGCGAUUCCUUCUCAACCUCAAUUAUCUCAACAUAGGAUGGAUAACCACUCAACUGAACCAGAUCCUCAAGGAACUUCAAUUCUUGCUGAGACAGGGAGGAAGCAGGUCGUGCUCGAUGCAUUCUCUGAUGGAAGCAGCUUUGUGUGCUUGCAGUGUGGGGGUCUCGUCAGCAACCAUCGCAAAGAGGAACACUUUGCAUUCUGGUGUUGUGAAAUCUGAGUUUGUUAUGCACUUGAUGUUUACACCACUGCAUAAUGGGUGAACCAAUGAACAUGGCAUAUCGGGCAUGCAUUUGCUAAAUGCUCCAUUGUAUCUUUCAACUUGUAUCAUUACUAAGUUCUCUCAUUAUAGAAUAAUACAGGGUGCACUAGUAUUAGUUGUAUUGGGUUCUAUUUAGCUGUGUGUAUCAUCUCCGUUUCCAUGUAGAUUUCUUCACAUAGCAUUGUUCACUAUUAAGUAUACUUCAAAAAUAUCACUU